UUUUAUCUAAUCGGUCGGAGAAUGUAAUUCGAGUUGACCUUUGUAGUUUGUUUUGGAGUAGUCUUAAUCGAUUCCUGUUGAAAUGUGGUCAAUAAUAUUUAUAAUUUUCGUGUUGGUCCUGCUGGCCUAUUUGGACACGCGGAAGCCGAGGUACUUUCCACCAGGCCCCGCCUGGUUUCCGUUUUUGGGAUGCGCGUGGGAAUUGCGGAGGCUGCACAAGGAGAAGGGCUCGUUAUCUGAGGCGACGCAAGCGUUGGCGACAAAGUACGGUCCGGUGGUUGGGGCGCGAGUAGGCCGCGAACGCAUUGUUUUCGUUUACGGAUGGAAGGCGAUCGACGAAAUGCUUUGCAGAGAUGAGCUCAACGGUAGACCGGACAAUAUCGCCACCACGAGUCGAACUGGUGGAAAGCGCAGGGGUAUCGUCUUCACAGACUCCGAAUUUUUACAAGAACAAAAGAAGUUCGUACUCAGACACAUUAACGAGGCUAGUUUCCGAAAAGAGGUCAUGCGGGAGAUGAUCGAGGAAGAGGUGAGAUCUAUCAUUGACGGCGUCACGAGAGCAAUCCAAAAGAACCCCGUGGUGGACCUGUACAGUUUCUUCCGGAUUCAUGUGUUAAACAUGUUUUGCUUUUUAAUAACAGGCCAGAGAAGCAACGAACACGAAUUGAAUGAAUUGGAAGCCCUCACUGAGUCAUUUACUCGGAAUGUUCCCCUGAGCGGUCCGGUAUUCGGCUUGUUUCCGUUUUUAAAGCACAUUUGCCCCGAAUAUUGUGGAUAUAAUGUGUAUGUACGAAUUCAUGAAAAAAUAUUGGAGUUCUUCCACAAAAAGGUAGAGGUUCUCAGGGAUACUGCCUCCAAUCGUGGCGUUAUCCACGCAUACUUGGCCAAAUUAAAUUCUGGCCACAGCGGAAGCAGCUUCUCCGAAGAGCAACUGCUAGCCAUUUGCUUAGACCUGGUGGUUGCCGGCUACGACUCCAUCUGUAAUACCCUCAAAUUUGCCUUUUUGUAUCUCAUACUGCAUCCAGACAUUCAGCAGAAAGCGCAAGAGGAAAUCGACACCGUUCUUCAGGGGAGACCGCCUACUAUAGAGGAGAAACCGCACUUAUCGUAUGUUGAGGGUAUAGUUUUGGAAACCAUAAGGACGUUCGUAAGCAGAUCUCACUUUCCACCUCGCAGGGCGACGAAGGAUACGCACUUUAACGGCUAUUUCAUUAAAAAGAACACCACCGUAAUAUUAAACCAUCGAGGUAUGUACAUGGAUGAGGCUGCCGGUUGGCAAAACCACGAAGAUUUCGAUCCCGGUCGCUUCGUGCGAGAAGGUAACGUGAAGAAUCCGGCCAACUUCGUACCGUUCGGUUUGGGCAAGAGAAGAUGCGUGGGAGAGGCCUUUUCUCGCGAAAGCAUUUUCCUCAUAGUCGCCGGUCUUCUUCAGUCGUUUAACUUCGAGACAGUGCCCGGGAAUCCUGUAACGGUAGAAACUGUCGAGAACUUUACUCCGUCGUGCAAGUCUUAUAAGACGUACGUUACAUUGAGAUAAAACAAUACAUAGUUAUUUAUGUCAUUGAAUACUACAUCCAACCGAGUUAGUUCUGGGUCCGUAGCCCCCCUCCCCCCCCAGUACGUAUUUUGUCCCUUGUAACUAGGUCACCUGAUACAUUUGGUUAUGCGCUCAGUUGCGCCACUUGAAUUAA